AUGGCAGGCAUCGGCGAAGCCACUGCCAUCAUCGCACUUGCCGAAACUGGCUUCAGCCUUGCGAGAGCAAUCAAUACUUACAUCUCCGACGUGAGCGACGCCAAAGAUGAUAUCCUGUCAUUAUCAAGUGACAUCGAUUCGACCUUCAGAAAUCUGAGGGAUCUUGCACACUUUAUCGAAAGGAAUGAGACAACCAAAGUCUGGUCGGAUGAUGGCGCUGCAAAUGCCAGAAAAUGUGUUCGCGACUCAGAGCUGGUCAUCGUGAAGAUGAGAAAGUUGUUGAAGAAAGCCACGGCAUCCGACACGUCUCCAGAAGUUGAGCGCGAUGAGAUCGAUGUUACAAAAUUCCAGAAAGCCAAAUGGCCUAUUCUCAAGCCGGAGCUGGAGUGCGACGACGAGAGCUACAGAUUAUCAAACAGGAUAUCAUUCUCGCCUACACUUCUUACAACGCGAAAGCUGCUCCCACCGCAGCUGACAGACAACGAGCUGUGGAUGACCUUCCACGUCUUGAAAGAAUUAGGAAUGCCUGGGCAAAAUCCCCAUCCACAGAGCAAAGAACAGUAUGGUGGGUUUUACGACCAACGAGGAUAUAGUGGCAGGAGCCUCUCUGACGAUGAAGACGUGGAAGAUGCUCUCAAUGAGGUUAUCUACAGCAAUAUCGAAGACUUGAAAAUGGAUUUUGAGGAUUGGGCAAGGGAGAAGGAGGAGAAGCAGAAGAAGGCGGAAGAAGAGACCAAGAGGAUACGAGAUAAAGCCGUCGAGGAUUGGAAAAUAGAGAAGAUGGUAGAGGUGGAACGGCAACGCCGCGAGGUGGAAGAGAAUCGGCAAAAACUGAAACUGGAGCUCAGUCGGCACGAAUUGCGUUUGGCACCUUUACAGAUAGAGGAAACUUUGAACAAUGUCUAUCCAUUGCCGCAGACAGGGAACGAACUAGCUCUGAUGCCCUUAGGCAAUCAACGCCAACCGUCCGAUGCUGAUGCUGUGUCGGUGCAGAUAUCCAGCAGCCGGAAGUCAAGAAGUUGGUCCGUAUGGUCAAGAUCGAGCAGAGUAGGGCGUCGAAAGAAUACCCAUACCAACGGCCGACAUCGCGUCGAGAUACCAGAACUGCUACGAGACCCUCUCGGAGCAGGUGGAGUCGCCGAACUAAAAGCCCUCUAUCUCCAAAGGGUGUUUUACUCGCAAGGUCCGAAUAUUGAGGCGUUCAAUGUGGAGAUCCCUCCGCAGUGGCUGCUGCAUGCCCUCGUUGCGAAAGAAGAGAAGUAUCUGCAAGACCCGAAGGUUAACUCAAUCUGGAAGGAACUCGCACAAAUACCGGAGGACUACCGAUACGCUAUUAAUGGCCAUGCCGCUUCCGCGCAGCAGUCGUCCAGAUAUAAUGAAUCUUGGGUCCUGAUUUACGUGGAAUGCUUGAGCUUGGAGAAAUCAUCCUCAAGAAUAUCACGAAGGGCCCCAAAAGAAGUCACUGGCAUAUAUAUUGUGCUGAAGAAGGAAUCCGGCAGCAUGCAAGCUGCUGAAGAUAAUGAUUAUGAUUCACCGCCGAUCUCUCGUAGAUUGAGGCAGCGUAGCCCCGAAUACCAUAGUAGUGACAGCGAAGAGGCGUUCUACACAACAAUUCCUCGCAGAGCGUCGUCGGUGAUAAGAACCGAGCAUGAGUCGUUGUCAAAAUCGAGAUCUGAUUCAUAUAGAAGAGACCAUUCUCACAUUGCAAAGAGGGCUAGCGGGGCUCGCAGCCGAAGCAGGUACGAUGAUCGAGAUAAUGAUGGUGGAGAGGAGAUACGACGGCAUAGUAGUCGAACGCGAUCUGGGUCUCGAAGAAAAGAUUCCACGCCGUCCUUCAUGAUUAACGCCGACUAUCCUAUGGAAUACAGCGAUAUGCCUCGGCAGAUGUCCGAAAGGCAAAGCGCUUACCCUGCGCCGUACCCUGACAUGCCAGCAGACAACGUCUAUCCUCGCUAUCCGACGCCUCCCCUCACCUCUCAUCGUCCCCGCUCGGGCUCAUACGACAAUCAACGCGCCCGCUUCUCAGAUCGACCUCCAAGCAUCAUAAACCCGACUCCCGAGCCCCCUUCGCGUCGCAGUACCUAUGACUCCUGGGGUCGCCCCUCCCGCCGUAGCACCGUCGACUCCAUGGACUCCAUGGACUCCCGUUCGGGACCCAAUAACGGGUAUCAUCACUAUCACCACCACCAUCCCCGCCACUAUAGCUACCCGUCGCCCCCGCCGCGUCCGACGCGUUACGACCAUGGUGGUGGCGGCAAGCAAGUCCUCUCCAUCUACGACCGACUCUCGCCGCCACGCACCCAUCUCAGCAACAUUCAGGAGGUCAUAAACGAGGACCUCCCCCGCGGUGAUGGUGAUUCCGAUACGGCUACCCACUCAACUUUCUGCUCUUCCUCCGACAGUGAAUUCAGCUAUAGGCUAAGAGCUCUAUCAGAGGCGGAAAAGGGAAAGGUCGUAAUAGGAGAAACAGCAAAAACGGACGAGGAGAUCAGCAGGGAGAUUCUCGCAAGGUUGACGUCUGGUACUACUGCUACAGCUACUGAAGACGCAGAAGGGAAACCUGAGAGGGGGGGACAGGGACAGGAAGAAGGAUCUUCGGUGCCAGACGUGGAUACCCUGAGGUCGCCGUCAGCGAUGGGUGCAUUCGUGGUGGAGUUGUCUGAGGAACCUGCGGCCCAGGAUCAAAGUGCAGGUGCGGAUGCUGAGACUGGCGGAGUAGCUACCGAUAGUAACAAACAAUCUCGGUAG